AUGCAAAUACCUCGUCUGGCGGCUCCGGGCCCUUGCGCCUUUUCCCCGCUUCCUCGGGAUGCACCAGGUGUCUGCCGCCCACUACCAAAGACACCUCUUCCUGGUUCCGGCGUUGCCGGCAAUUCUGGCGCAUCACGGGCAGGGCGAUUGGGACGGUGGAGGGGUGUGGGACUGAGUCCAGGAACAAGAUACAGGGGACCCACGUCACAAGCUGCAUUCUUGGCUCCAAUGCUGCAGGCAGUGACUCCCAAGUUGGCAUUCAAUGCAAUGGCGGUUGUUGUGCUGCCAUUGUACACUCUUAUGGCAGCCAGGCCAAGGUCCCUUAUGACCCGCAGGCUGGUUCAGUCCCCUCUCAUCUAUGUGGCUCUUGCUGCGCUCUACACCAUAUUGCUGCUGCAAUGUGCUCAGGAUGGGCUUUUUGCAAGAGUAAUGGACAUAUUGAGAGCCUCUUCACCACUGCCAGAUGUAUCAGCCCUUGCUCACCUCCUCCAAGACACCAGUGUGACAUCCCUCACAUGGGUUCAUCUCCUACUUAUGGAUCUGUUCAUGGCAAGGGAGGUGUACUUGGAUGGUUUGCGCAGUUCGGUGACAACUGCCCAUUCGGUCAUUCUCUGCUUCAUGUUUGGGCCCACAGGCAUAUUGUCCCACAUGGCAACAAAACGAUUGCAGGGUAGUUAG